CCAUCUCACACAGCCAGCUCUCAGCCAGACACACACACUCCGUCUGCCGGCAUACUCAGCAUGGCUGCGGCGCUGAAGGAUUCCUUCGACAAGUUCCUGCACCAGAAGAAUGUGUGCACCGACCUGCUGGAGAAGAUCGAGGCCAAGACCGGGGUCAACCGGCGCUACGUAGCCCUGGGCGUUAUUGGCAUCGUAGCUGUAUACUUGGUGUUUGGAUAUGGAGCAUCUCUUCUCUGCAACCUGAUUGGAUUUGGCUACCCAGCAUAUGUCUCAAUAAAAGCGAUCGAGAGUCCAAAUAAAGAUGACGACACACAAUGGUUGACCUACUGGGUGGUGUAUGGGGUGUUCAGCAUUAUAGAAUUCUUCUCUGACAUCUUCUUGUCCUGGUUUCCCUUUUACUACAUGAUCAAGUCUGGAUUCCUGCUGUGGUGCAUGUCUCCCAGCCCAUCUAACGGUGCCGUUCUGCUCUACAACAAAAUUAUCCGUCCGUUCUUCCUCAAACACGAGGGUCAGAUGGAUCGCCUGGUGAAGGACAUCAAAGACAAGGCUUCCGAGACUGCAGACACAAUUGGGAAGGAAGCUAAACGGGCCACUGUGAACUUGCUUGGUGAUGAGAAGAAGAGCACCUAACUGGAUAUGUGAAGUAGUUCCCUAUACGCCUCUGUGUUACAUGGGACAAUGCUAUGGCCUAUACUCCUCCACCUCUGACAGGGAGGUCUGGAACACAUGGCUGACCCAUCACUGGGGAGCUCUGAGUUUCCGGCCUCGCUGCUGCUGAGAGCUAUUAAUAUUGUUGCCUUGAAAACCUGUUUUUUGAUAUGAAGAUCGUGUGUUUCAGUAGUUGUACUGUUUUGUUGUUGUCCAUAGAGAAGGUAAGCAUUUUUAUUUAAAAGGCACCAAAUGUCCAGAGCUUAAAGAAGAUGAAAGAUCAGUAUGGGAAAGGCUUUUAAAUGUAUUAUUGUCCUGUAUUUAAUGGAUCUCAAUAAACAAUGUGGCCAUACUGAA